CAAGGAUUAAAUAUCAAUACAAUGUCUAAGACUUAAAAGAUAUCACCUAUUGCCUAAAAUGACUCGUAUUAUCUACCUGCGUAGCUUGCCAUUUUAUUUAACAUAUUAUAAUUGUCAGUCAAAUGCAAAUGAUUUAUCGAAGCCUUACGGCGCGGAUGAGAGACAGGCAAGGCCGCUGCAUGUUAUUUGCCAUUUUCUCUUCUCAAUGACUGACAGCAUAUCGAUGUUAUAUUUUAAUAUUAAAAUCUAAAAGUAGUUUUGAUUAAUGUUAAUAAUACUGAUAAUUGCAUCGUUUAUGAUAAGAAUGUGCUUUGCUAAUUAUUUACAUACAGAUAUGCAUUCGAUAAGCUUUAAGAAAUGCCAUUCGAUUAAGCGUGCAUUCAAGCCAUGUUCAAGGUGAAAAGGAUUUUUAUCACACCGAAACUAGAUUCCGAUAUUAGUGGCAAUGACGAUUGCGGCCGAUAAGGUGUGUUAUGCCACACAACUUAUCGAUAAGGCGCUUAUUUGAGUCACGUAUGCCAUUGCUUAACGCACAGGUGCUCUGCACAGGUUAUACCAGUAAGCGGAUGGUUUAGUAAAUAAACGUUAAAGUUACAUAAUUUGUCAUUUGUCAUUUGUGUGGUCUUUCAGUGUUGUGCUCAAAGCAGUUCCGUGUUGUACAAAAGGGUAAUGGACGAAAACAUGCAUUACAAUGAAAGGCAGACUCUUACAUUUGAAACAAUGUGUUACACGGCUGUGGUGCGCUAAUGACUGCUAACUGAAGAAAGCUCAGCUCGCGUGUGCCGCGGAUAGUGCAGUGAAUUGUGUCCGGUUUGGAACAGCACUAUUUGCAUAGUUCACUCCUGAUACUGUGUUGACUUAAAUUGAAUUGGAAAUGUAUCGGAACGGACCUCUCACCAGUAGCAGCAGCACCUCGACGUCAUCUGGCUCGUCCGAUCUACGGGACAGAGCCAGGUUCUCAGACACAAGCUGGCAGAUCCACCGUACAUGGGCGCGCAAUGGGGACCCGCUGCCGCUGUCGCCGCCGCCGGCGCGGGCGCACGCCGCCCCGCUGCCCGCGCCGCCCGGCUCCGCGCCCGCGCCGCUACGCUCCGACCAAAACGGCAUCUAUGACACCAUCACGACGCGAGCGGCAAGUGCUCCUGCGACUCCUGGGACGCCAGCCUUUGCCAGAGAUCAGUCUGGUCCCCGGUCAGCGAGCUACCCUGGGGGCGCGGGAUCGCGGCUAGAUCUUUGCUACGUGGCGGAACGGAUGCUGGCGCUGCAUCUGCCGGACAGAGACGCGCAUGCAGAAGCACAGGCAGCGCAUAUGCUCGCCAAUAAGCAUGGCGACCACUUCAUGGUAUUCGAAGUGAGUAGCGGCGACGGAAGCGGCGAUGGGCGGGCGGCGCGCAGCGUAUUUGGGCGCGCGCGAUCGCUUGGUUGGGCGGGCGAGCUGGCCCCACCACUAGAAAGGCUAUGCGCUGCUUGCAAACACAUAGAAAGCUGGUUAGGAGCAAACCCAAAAAAUGUUGCCAUCUUACUAGCUUGGGGUAGCAGAGAGAGGCUUGGAGUACUAGUGGCGGCAUACAUGCACUACUCUGCAAUCUGCGGUGCGCCCGAGCAUGCGUUAGACCGGUACGCUAUGAGGAGGUACCUCGACGAUCGCGUGCCGGUCUUCCACUUGCCUUCAAACAAACGAUACAUAGACACCUUCGCGGGGCUCCUGGCUGGACAGAUCCGCGUGAACGCAGCUCCCUUACACCUGACCCACGUGAGCGUGGCCGGAUCGCUGGCCUCGCCCGCCACGCCUACCAUCGCCUUUCUCAAGAUAUAUGAAAACUUCAUGUGCGUUUACACGUCAGGUCUCUAUAUGGUGAACGGCGGCGGCUGGACAGUGGGCGUGGGGCGUCUAGCGCUGCGUGGCGAUGUCCUAGUGCGCGCGUACCGCCGGCCGGCGCACGCGCAGGCGCGCCGCCACCUGGUCUUCGCGUGCCAGUUCCACACCUGUGCUGUAGCGGAUCAUACCCUAUCGUUCACCAAGCAGCAGCUUGACCAUGCAGCUCAUGAUCCCUCGUUCCCAAGCGACGGCGCCGUGGAGCUGGUGUUCGCACGGGGCGAUGGUGCAGGCGGCGCGGCGCCGGCUCCCACACCCGCGGCGCCGUUACGGGCCGCUCCUGACGCCCUGGCCAGGGCAGACUCCUUGGAGCACCUGAGGCCGCUGUCGACGCUCACCGAUGAUGACCCUGGUGAGAACAACGGCAGCGCUGAAGGCUCCGGAUCUGGUGGUGAAGCGGGCGAGGGUGCCGAAGCUGCGCACACGUUCGGUCCCCUCGACGGGUCCAUCUACGCGACGGUGGUGCGCGCGGGCGGCGGCGGGCCGUCCUCGCCGCUCAGCGCCUCCAUGGACUCGGGCAUCUCGUCGGCGGGGCGCCGCGCCGCCCCCAGCCCGCCGGACGAGCUCGACGCGCUGCUGGGCGACAUGCUGCGCACCGUGAGCGCGCUGCCCGACCCGCCGCCGGCGCCGCAGUCGCUCGCCGACCGCGCCCCUGACAUACCGUACCACGCGCGCGCCGACUCCGCGCCCUUCACCUACGGAGCGCCCGGCCUGCGGCCCGGAAUGCUGCGCGCGCCCAACCGCCUCGCCAGCCCCGAGCUGGUGCGCCGCGCGCUCGGCGGCGACCGCUCCUACCGCCCCAUCGACGACGACGAUGACGAGCGCACCGUCACGCCCGAACCCUCAUCCCCGAGGACGCCCGUCUCACCCCGGACCGCCAAGAAACUCACGCACGAAGAUAUCACCACCACCACCACUACAUUACCUCAGAAUACAACUCUACGCAAUGGAAGAUGGUUAAAUGGCGAGGCGGAGUGGGCGGAACGACCGCCGACCAGCGCUAGAAAAACCCCGGAGAAUGGUACUUGGCGAUCAGCUAGCACGCUCGGCUGGCACGAAAGCUCCCGAGCCCGGGAACCCAGGCGAUCAGAGAGCGCCUUAGAAGGCAACUCGGGCCUAACUUGGUUACAACGACAGCAACAGAAACUUCGAGAACGAAAAGAAGCAAGGGAAAGAGUCGCGCGGCUGCCUCUCGAGUGGGACACGGCGACGCGACAUGUGCGGCGAUCGGCCAGCCAUCGGGUGGACGGCUACACUAGCGACACAACCGCUUUUGCCGACGACGACGAUGACUUCAGCGUGCCUCUACAUGUUAACACGGCACGAACUCCCCUCAGGACUGAUAGUAUUAGUCCUCAAGCUCCAGACAGAACCUCAUCUAGGAAAUUCAUGUAUGAAAAGAUGACGAUGCGCGAGUGGAGUACCAAUACGACACCUACGAGUACUCCCGUGCCAGGUUUAUUGUCACUUGCGGAACCCAUCAACAAUGGCGAUAGUGUAGUUCGCGAGAGGUCCGAGAGCUGGUCGCGCUCGGAGUCGCGCGCGGGCACGCCGGCGUUCCCCACGCACCCUCGCACGCCCUACCCGCCCACGCCCACGCCCUCGCUCAGCGCCCGCCCGCCACGCUCGCCGCCAGUCACCAGGAAAGAGCGCGAAGGCAGCCCCGAGUCGGAGUACCGCACGUACAACGGCAGCUGCGGCUCGCGGCGCUCCAGCCUGGGCGGCAGCGCGGAACCACAGCACGUGGCGCCCGAACGCGUGCGCUUCGCCCGCGACACCAGCCACUACUGGUACAAGCCCAACAUCUCCAGGGACGACGCUGUAGCAGCGCUGCAGCCGCUAGAAGAAGGCUCGUUCAUCGUCCGCGACUCGAACUCGUUCCCGGGCGGGUUCGGGCUAGCAGUGCGCGCGGGCGGCGGCGUGCGCCACUUCUUGGUGGAGCCGACGGCGCGCGGCGUGCGCCUACGAGGCUGCCCCGACGAGCCUGUCUUCGGAUCACUGUCGGCGCUGGUCUACCAGCACACGGUUACGCCGCUUGCGCUACCGGUCCCGCUGCGGCUGCCUGACAGAGACCCCUGGACGGGUGGUAGCGCAAAUGCCGCUGCGCGUGCGCUCCUGGCAACAGGCGCGGCGUGCCACGUGCUGCUGCUAGGCUCGGAGAACACCGAGGCGCUCACCGGGCCCGCCGCCGUCAAGCGGGCCGUGCAGAACCUGCUCGUCAAAAAAGCGCCAGCGCAUGUGGUGCACUUCAAAGUGUUCGGCGGCGGCAUCACGCUGACGGACUCUGCGCGGAAACUAUUUUUCCGGCGGCACUACCCCGCCGCCGGCGUGUCCUACGCCGGACUCGACCCAGACGACCGUCGGUACAUGUACGUCGACGCCGGGAAACAGAGCGAGAAGCGCAUCUUCGCGUUCGUGGCGCGCGCGUCGGUGGGCGCGGACAACCAGUGCCACGUGUUCGCCGAGCUGGAGCCCGAGCAGCCCGCCACCGCCAUCGUCAACUUCGUCAAUAAGGCAUUACUUGGGAACACACAGAAAAAGGACAUCAUAUAAUUUUAAGAAGAAAAGCUACGUUCAGAUAUUUAAAUAUUAUUUUUAUUAUUAUUUAUGUAAUACUCACUCAUUGAAAAGUGUUUAACACAUUUAAUUUUAUAUCAUUUUUUUGGAUCCUGUAAAUUAUUAAAUUUUAAAUCGCUUUAUAUCUAAAAGUUGAGCGAAAUAUAAAAUUAUAUCGAUGUCAAAUUUCGAUUGUGGUAUGUUAUCUGAAAAUGUUUUUGUUUCAAAGUUAAUCUUUCCAAUACGCUUGAUUUUCACCAAGUACAAUUUAUUAAUCAUUUUUAAUGAAAUGCUAUACAUAAAUUAAAUUUCAAUUAUAUAGAUUACUAUUAAUAUUAGCGUAGGAAAGAAACUAACUAGUCUCAUGUUAAUUUAAUAUAGAGUAGUGAUAUUAUGCGUGCCUAAAUGUUGUUAAUACGAUACAUCCAUAACCUUAGCAUUUGUUCAUAAUAACUUAAAAGAGAAAUAAAAUUUUAUUAAUUACGCAAUAAACGUGUAAUUGCUUUUUCUAGUUAGUUUAUAUUACCGUGCCUACUAAGCAAAGUACAACGAAUAUUAAAGAAACGUUAGUACAACAUGCUUUUAAAAUUAUCAUAGUUUAUUUAUCAUGUUGCACAUGUUUCAAUAGGAAGCUGCUAAUUACAUUAAAACCAAACUUAUUUAUGAAGACAAUACAAUAAUUUAAUGAUUCAUAUUGAAUUUAUUUCAUUUUGGUGGGUAAUUAUACAAUAAAGGAAAUGUUUUAAUUAUGUACAAUGCCGCGAUACAACGAUAGAGAUAUGUAUGCGUUAAUAAAUGAAUGCGAUUGGGUUAAAAGGUUUAUGUGAAUAUACUAUUUAAUGUUAAAAUAAGGUAAAUAGAGCCAUAGGAAAAUGCCUUAACAGUGAUCUUUAUUAUAAAAUAUAUUUUAGCGUCUAUGGUGGUAUUCAAUUCAUAAUGAAAUUAUUAUAACACGUCUAUUGUAAUAAAUAACUGUUUUAAAUGUAUUUAUUGGUUAUAUUACAUUGGAAAUCAUUAAAAACGUCUUUUAAUUUA